AUGUCUAUUGAUAUUAAGAAACUACAAGAGUUCUCAAAUAAUGCUUGGGACAAAGAUAUCCUCCCAACCUUGGAGAAAUACAUUGAAAUCCCAAAUCAAUCACCAUUAUACGAUAGUGAAUGGGCAACCAAUGGAUACACUGAGCAGGCAAUUGUUUUGUUGAAUGAUUGGGUAAAGGCACAAAACGUUCCAGGUUUGACCACUGAAAUCAAGAGAAUCGAAGGUCUCACACCAAUCAUCUUGAUCAUUGUUGAAGCCACCAAGACAAACCCAAAGAAUGUUUUGUUGUAUGGUCACAUGGACAAGCAACCACCCUUAACCGAACAAUGGGAGGAGGGUCUCCACCCAUACAAGGCUGUCACUAGAAACAAGCGUCUCUACGGUCGUGGUGGUGCCGACGAUGGUUACUCAACCUUUGGUUCAGUCAUGGCUGUCAAGGCUCUCAAGGAGCAAAACAUCCCACACGAUCGUUACGUUAUCAUCAUCGAGGGUUCCGAGGAGAGUGGUUCCAUUCACUUGCCACAAUACAUUGACAAGUUCGAGUCUGUCAUCCAAGCACCAUCUUUGGUUGUCUGUCUCGACUCUGGUUGCGGAAACUACGAGCAACUCUGGAUGACUUCAUCGUUGCGUGGUGUCCUCACCGGUGACUUGACCGUCAAGGUUCUCGAGCAAGCCAGUCACUCUGGUUCCGCCUCUGGUAUCGUACCAUCGUCAUUCCGUAUCGUCCGUCAAAUCCUCAACCGUAUCGAAAACGAGCAAACCGGUGAGAUGUUGAAGGAACUCCAAGUGCCAAUUCCAGCAUACCGUAUCGAAGAGACCAAGCUCUGUGCCCAAAUCCUCGGUGACACCGUUCACACCGAGUUCUUCUGGGAUGGAAAGACUCAACCGGUCACCAGCGAUCCAACUGAGCUGUUGAUCAACAAGACCUGGAAGCCAACUCUCUGUGUCACCGGUGCCGAUAACUUGCCACCAAUUAGCAACGCCGGAAACGUCAUGAGAACCAAGACCACCUUGAAGUUGUCCGUUCGUUUGCCACCAAGCAUGAAGGGUCCAGUCGCCGCCAAGGUCCUCAAGGAAGCCCUCGAGAAGGAUGCUCCAUACAACGCCACCGUCUCCUUCAAGGUCGACAAGUGUGCUGAGGGUUGGGAUUCACCAGCCAUCAACCCAUGGCUCCAAACUGCUUUGGGUGAAGCUUCCGAAAAGAUCUUUGGAAAGCCACACGUUUUCUUUGGUGAAGGUGGAACUAUCCCAUUCAUGGGUAUGUUGGGUGCCAAAUUCCCACAAGCUCAAUUCAUUAUCACCGGUCUUCUUGGUCCACAAUCAAAUGCUCACGGACCAAACGAAUUCCUUGACAUUGAAUACGUGGAAGAAAUAAAAGAAGAAGAAAUAAAGAAUUUAAUAGAGUUGGAUAGAUUAGAUAGUGGUAGAAGUAGCAAUAGUAGUAGAAGGAAUAGUACUGAUAGUGAUAUUGAAAGUAAUAGUAAUAAUAACAACAACCAUAUAGGUGAAGAGAACGAAGAGUUUGGUCAAGUAAACGAACAAGAUCAAGAUAAAGUAUAUUUAGUAAAGGAUUCAACUUCAUCAUCAUCAUCAUCAACGUUAGAAGAUAAAUAUAAAAAUACAAUGAGAGAUAAACUAUAUCUUCGUAAUUGGAUAUCAUUCCACUUUAUGGGAAAUAUCAAUAAUUUCUCAUAUUGUGUCGUCAAUGCAGCUGGUCAAUCACUUGCAAACUACUUUCACAAUCAAAAGAAUAUCGGUUUAAUUCUAUGGGCAAAUAUUGCAUUUGGAUUUGCUGCAAGAAUGUUAAAUACAUUUGUUUUAGAAAAUGUUAAUACUAAAUUAAAGAUUAUUGUAAAUUGUUUGUUUAUGGUUGCCGGUUUGGUCGGUGUUGCACUCUCGGUCUAUCUGUUCCCGUCGGAUCUAGUCAAUGGAUGGUCGUCCGGUACUGGUGUAGCCGGUGUCUGUGGAUCACUCUUUUACAUCUUGUUGUCGGGUGUCGCCGGUCUUUCGAAUCCAACGAUCUUCUACAUCAUCUUGCCAACCACUCUCGUCUAUGGUGCACUGUUCUUCCUCGGUUUGAAAGUGCCAGGUGGUACUCCCGGUCAGCAACACUCUGAGUACACACCGUUGCGCGAGGAUGAAACCACCGCCAAAGAGGAGGUAGUUAACAUUAGCCAAGGUGACAAACUAUCAAACAUCGAAGUUGCACCAGAAUGUGAAAUCAAACCGGUGAGAGGACCACCAUGUGAGACCAAGCAGGAGCGUUACAUCCGUUGUGCCAAGCUCGUCUGGUUCAACUCUGUCAACCUGAUGUUGGUCUACUUCUUUGAGUAUGUAGCAUCGGUUGGUGGUGCCGAUCUCGCAGUUAAAUCAAUCAAAGGAAAUUGGUUCCAAGAGAAUUCAUAUGCUAUUCUAAGUUUUUGUUAUCAAUUUGGUGUAUUAUUAUCAAGAUCUUCAUUACAACUUUUCAAAAUCAAAAGAAUUGGUAUCAUUACAAUUUUACAAGGUUUAAAUAUGGCACUUUGGUUAAUUCAAGGACGUUAUAAAAUGAUUGAUUCUGUUUGGAUUUUAUUUGCUUUGAUGGUCUAUUGUGGUUUAUUGGGUGGAGCAUCAUAUGUCAAUGUAUUUUAUUUGAUUUUGCACGACAAGAAGAUUCCAGACGAAGAUCGUGAAGUUUGUAUCAAUUAUGCUGCAUUACUGGUAACCUUUGGUAUUACAAUGGCUUCUGUAUUCAUUUUAAUUAUGAAUCAUACGUUUAUGAAGAACGAAGUCAGCACUGGAUCAGAGGAUUCAUCCGCUGCUCACUCUGCUGAUUUAUUAUUAUCCUAUUUAAGAUUUUAA